GUAAAGCGUAAUGCGUGACCAGUCCGCGGCCGACUUCGUGCGCGCUGUCUGUGGAAGCGUACCUUCAGCUGAAGAGACCUGCGCUGAAGCCACGCUCAGAGACCCGCGCUUAUAAAAUACAACUUUGAAAAUCCAAACGCCGCCAGUCAGUGCUCUCACACUUUCGCCAAGCGCGCGCUUUUCCGCCUGUCCUCGCCUUAAGGUCUCGCGCGAGUUUCACGGAUUUCGGAAAGUUCAACUCGAUCUCAUCAUUGUGUACUUUUGGAAUUUUGUGUAUCCACGGUACCUCGCCAGGUGACCUCCCCCGGGAUGGGUACACUUUAGUGUUUAGUUUAUGUGUGUUUUUCAUUACGAGUAUUUAUUUCUUUAUUUUUACUUGUGCCGCACCGCACGGAUUUAAUUACUCAUAUUUGAACGGCAGUAAAAUAUUUUAAUGCACUCGUAAAAACUGAGCAAUUCUGCUUUAAGAUCGCACAUUUUGGAGGAGCUGUCGCAAACAGGACUUAGCUCCUAAAGUUACUGGAUGUAAAACCCCAUCGACACCAGGAUGCGGAGCGAGAAGUCAAACGGCUCGAGCAUCAUCCACCGGGUGCAGGAGAUGGAGCUGGACGAGGUGGAGCUGGAGUCCGAGUACGACAUCGAGAAGACACUCGGCGAGGGCUGCUUCGCCAAGGUCCUCCUGGCCGUCCACCGCAAGUGCAACACCAAGGUCGUCCUCAAGGCCGUCCACUCGGAGAUGACCUCCCUCAAGGCCUUCUUCCGCGAGUUCCACUACUCCUACCACCUCUCCCCCCACCCGAACAUCCUCUCCUCCUACCCAGUGGCCUUCAAAGCCGACGACUGCUACGUCUUCGCCCAGGAGCACGCUCCUUACGGCGACCUGGCCGCCGUCAUCCGCGAGGGCGGCCUCCCUGAAGACGCCUGCAAGAGGGUGGCUCAACAACUCACGUCGGCCCUCGAGUUCCUGCACUCUAAGCAGCUGGUCCACCGGGACAUCAAACUAGAGAACAUCCUCGUCUUCGCCCCGGAUUUAUCCAAGAUCAAGCUGUGCGACUUCGGCGAGACGCGGCGGGAGGGCUGCCUGGUGUCCAAGGUCAAGUGCACGUGGCACCCCUUCCUCCCGCCGGAGGUCUGCGAGGCGGUGUCCAAGGAGAAGUUCAUCUGCCGCACGGCCGCCGACUGCUGGCAGGUGGCCAUCGUCCUCUUCGUCUGCCUCACCGGCUCGCCGCCGUGGAAGUCGGCCGACCUCGCCGACACCGACUUCAGCAACUUCCUCAAGUGGCAGAAGCGGCGGACCACGAAGCUCCCGCACAACUUCCGCAAGUUCACCCCGCGGACGCUCCGCAUGUUCCGGCGGCUCCUGGAGCAGAAGCCGGAGAAGCGGGCGCCGGUGACGGAGGUGAACAAGUACCUCAAGGACGCCUGGCUCACGGACACCUCGCCGCUGCAGCGCAAGAACUCGGACAACCUCUACCUCAACUGCAAGGACGACGACGACGACGACAUCAAGCACGUCUCGGACGUGAGCAAGACCCGCUUGCGCAAGUUCCUCAACUCGUACGGCCUGGAGACGACGGUGGAUCAGAAGGCGGUGGCCAAGCGGGUCUGGGAGUGGGUCCUGUCCUGCGACAACAACGCCGACUCGGCCCUUGACGUCACCUGAAAGCCGCACCCGGAGCUGGUGGUCAGACCCCAAACGGGCUCCUUGGCUAGUAUAUGACUAUUGGUCUGGUGGUGUUACGAGCUGUGCCAGCGGUUUCUCCCUCGUAGCCUCGUUUCCGUUGGUCGACGUCUCCUCCAGACGCUUGUCCGACUCCCCUGUUUCGCAAAUCACCAAACGUGGACCGCUCGGGUCGGCAAACUCAUUAAGUCCGUCUGACAAAGUUCACAAUACUUUGAACCUGAGAAAAAUACUAUCUUCCUUCCUUUGCUUCCUAUAAAUACUCACAUUGGACACAUUUAAGUAGAAUUAAGGCGCUUGGAGGACAAGGAGCAUAAGUGCAGUUUUCCAAAAGAAAUUGAUAUGUUAGCGAUUUCAACUAAAUCUACGUUUGAAAAUCACCGGUAGAAUCCAAUUUCAAGAAUCAAAAUGUGAGUUAGAACUUCCAACCCGCCAUGAGGCUUUACAUAAUUCAAAAACUUUAAACACGUCUUUCUCAAAAUUGAAAAAACUGCACUUAUGCGCCUUGUCCUUCGAGCCCUUCAAUGAAACUAGCUCAAUUUUACGCUGCCUAAUCGGACGAGUUUUGGACUGAGAGAAAUUUUGUACAAAUGAGUCAAAUCAAAGCAAACGAUGUUCGCACAAUUGCUUCGCUGUCCCUCUUGGUCCAAUUCAUUUGGGCAGAGUUCCUCUUAGCACAAAUACAUCCACUUUCCCCGUAUGUUUCUUUUCAUUUUCUAUUUUUUUAUGGCCAGAAAACUAAGAAUCCAAUAAUUUUAAAUUUUCUAUUGAUUCCUCCUGGAUAUCAAAGAAUAUUUCACAUGAUUUAGAGGUUGAGUAAUGCUUACAGUUUCCCUCUACACAGAUAAUUUACGUCAACAUAUUUACCUAGUUCAGCUCGGCUGAUUGUGCAGAUGCGAAUCCAGCAAUUUGGCAACACCGGAUUUCCUCCCUUUAAACCUAUGCUAAAUAAUCGAUUCUUGUCGGAGCACCUGGUCCGUCUAAGAACCGAUGCAUUUCCAUAGGUUUAAAUGGAGGAAAACAAUGUUGCCAAUUUGCUGAAUCCGCCAAUGUGAUCGUGGUUAAAGCCGGUCAACUUUCGUAGCACGCAAAGCCAAGUUUUAAACAAGCAGUUGAUUUCCUCUAUUCAGACAGUUAUUUUUCCGGUUCCUCCUUUUUUAGGAAUUUUUUCAUCCGCAGCUCCGAGUGCUCCAAAAAUUCUAUCCCUACCCCUGCAAAUUUUCAGUGAAUAACCCUUUGAUUAGAAACAAAAAAAAAAGAGGAUACGAGGGCACUAACGAGGAGUUUUUUAGUUAGCACCACCAGACCAUUUUCAAUUCUUUCAAGCGACCACUGGUGAAGUUUCUGGACGUACCUGCAUUCACCUGCAUUUUUAACCAAACGUAAAACUGAAGUGAAAUUCAUUUUUAUAGGUGAAAAUCGCGGAAUUCCAUAGAAUUAGUAAAGCUAGGUCUUUGAAUAAGGCUUCGUGUCAGCCUUCUAUCAUUGAGAAAAAAAGAGUUUUCUAAUUAUUUGGACGUACUUUCCGUGGAGAGAAUUUUGAGCCUUCAAUGAGGAAAUACAUCAAACCUUUUCGCUUCAACUUCAACGACGAAAAAAAUGACAACUGCGACUUAAUAUGAGAAGGUCUCAUCGGACAAUUUGAGACUGUAUAUUGCUUGUUUCUAUUUGUAUUUAUUAGCUCACACUUGAAUACGUAUUAGGUUAGUAACAAAACAUUAUUCUCGAAUGUGUCCAAAUAAUCAAGACGGCAAAUGAAGCCAAUCGUACUAUCUUGUUAAAGUUGAAUAUAACUUUUUAGGAUACUUGAUAUUUUAAAUACCAAUUGAUAUCAACCGGACCUUAAGUGACUUAGGUUUUAAUUUGAAAAUGUUUGGCAAAACUGUCUUCUCAGGAUGAUACAUUUUAAGGAUUCUGUUAAUUGUAGCAUUUCAUAGAUCCGAUCUACUCCUUAUAGACUUGCUUCUGAAAUAAUUAGUAAGUUAAAUCGUUUUUUGCGGCUUAUCUUCUAAGGUGGAAUUUAUUGUGACUUUUUUUUAAAAAAUACGCCCACUUGCAUAUGUUUUGAUGUUCAUCCUGACUUUACACCAAAAUACUGUAAAGUUUUUGAAAUAUCAAUUUUGAACAAAUAACGAUUUACUCUAAUUUGUGUAAGGAAACUACUCAAACAGGCAGUGGCGAUUUUUCAGGUUGGGAACACUGUUUUUCCUCAAUUUAAAUCCAUUAAAAAUAUCGUUUUUAGGCGAGGCAAUCUGCCUCACCAACAAUCGAUUGUUUAACAUACAUUCAGAGGGAGGAAAAACAGCACAGUCAGAUUUCAAGAAUCGCCGCUGCAAUUAGGUAGCUCCCACUUUGAAUAAUUCUACAGAGAUACCAGAAAAUUUUUGUGAUUUUAGGAUAAGGUCUACCACGUGGUAAGUAGCUAUGAUUAGAUUAGAACAAUAAGUAUUAAUUUUAUAAAAAUUGGUACAUUUCCACAGAAAAUAACCCUGCUGUUUUUUUCUAUUUAGUUUAUUCGGCUUCCCCAUAUUUUUGCGGAGUGAGCCGUUUUCGAUUUAGAGGCAAUUAUUAUUGAUGGGCUAUGUAUGUGUGUGGGCCGGCAUCCUGAAUUUUUUCAUUGCCUAUCUUUUAAAUUAUGUUGCUUUUUAAAACUCAGUGUCCGUCCAAAUUUUAAUUAUAUUCUUGUCUGGGCACUUGCGCGAAAUACGUACUUAGGCUGUAGCGAGAGUAGCUACAGAUUGUUUCAAAGAGCACGGGUGUAUAUUUGUAACUUGCAAAUCAAUUUCACUGUCUUUCAGUAUAGUAAUUGAUGUGAUGCUUCAAGCUCGUCUAAGAAGAAUACAUAAGUUGAAUUUAAAUACUAUUACAAAUGGUCUGUAGAUUGAAACAUGUAUUUAUACUUAUCAGGAAAUAAGUGCUGAGUGCAGAAUGAGAGGCAUUAGUGAUAAGCACAGACCUGACGGCCACAAAGAGCUUUUCCUAAAAGUUUGAACAAGAAUCAGAAUACUCGUUUGGACGUUGUUUUUUAAAUGCAUGAUGCAUUAAAUCUUAUUGUGCUCGUUGUCAGUUUUUCAUGAGAACCAUGAGAAAGGCUGUUGGCGGACUGAUAGAUUUUAAAAUAAUGAAGUCGAAAACAAAGCCAGUGCUUAAAUUCUACAAUAAACUUGUUGAAAUGUAAUAGAAGAGGUGUGGUUCCUUUAUUUCACGAGAAUUUAGUCAUCAUGUGUAAGAAAUUAUAGAUGCUAGUCAUUUUGUGUAAGAUUGUAUAGAUGCUAGUCAUUGUAUGUAAGAAUAAUAUCAGUCGCUACUUCACUGCCCCUGGAAAAUAUUGUAGAUAUUAAGUGUUUAUGUUUAGAAAAAUAUUUUCCUUGAAACUCCCUAAAUUAGAGAUCAGAAGUCAGAAAAUCAUUCAAGCUGAGCCAUUGAAAUUCAAUCCUCAUUCUCGUGAAAUCAAAAUUCCUGGAUCAAGCUGAAUCAAAGCUGGAUCAAAGGUAAAUUCAGCAUUUGCUAAGGGUGAUGGUCCGAACUCUCAAAAUGAGUCCAAUAAUUGGAUGCAAGAGAUCAUUUACAUGAUUCCUUUUUCGUACUCGCUCUGCGUUUUGAAGAUGUACACGUCAUGUAUUCAUUAGGAGUAAAUUUACACUCAAUGACUUAUGGUGUUGAGGCAUGUGGCUGUUUACGAACAAUUUUAACAGCAAGGCACGUUUAUUGAGAAGACCUUUUAACGUUAAACUAUUGGAAAAUACGUGUAACAGCUUAGUCACACUGUGACCAUACAUUGUGCGAGCUACUAAAAUAUGUGUUGAUCAUCUUUAAGGCGUUAUUGCAAUUGAUUCUUAAAGUUAGAGCAAAAAGGGGAGAUAAUGAUGGUCAUGUAUCCUCAAGACAUAAAUUUUGUGAUAUCGCGUUUCCUCAACAUUGAGAAAUGAUAUGCACUAGACUAUAAUCUUUAUUUUAAGUAAUAAAGAAUAUUAAUGGCUCAAGUCUCUGUAAAAAAUGUACCUCUCAAUACUCGUUGUACGUACUUCUAUAAAGAAUAUUUAGGUACUGAUUCACGUAUUCGUUUAUUUGUUAAUUACAUAUUUAUUUGUUAUAAUUUAUUUAUUCUAUGAUUUCUUUUUUAAUUUGAUAUAAAAACUUGCAUAAAAGACUCAGUACAAAUUGUAUUUUGAAUUUUUAUGAAUGACUGAAAAAUACUGAAAAAAAUAAAAAAUUACUA